AUGGCCAAAACGACACGGUGUUCUACUCUCCCUUUCCUCCCCAUAGUCGCUGCGAUGAUCUUUCAACUCUCAGCCGUGACUUCGGCCAUUGGCAUCAACUAUGGAACACUAGGGAACCUUCAACCUCCUCAACAAGUGGUUGACUUCAUCAAGACAAAGACAAAAUUGGACAGUGUCAAGAUCUUUGAUGCGAAUCCCGACAUCCUCCGAGGCCUAGCGGGCACUGAAAUCAGCGUCACCAUUAUGGUCCCUAACGGUAACAUUCCUGCGAUGGUCGACGUUGCAAAUGCUCGUCAAUGGGUCGCUGCCAAUGUCUUGCCGUUCCAUCAGCAGAUCAAGUUCAAAUACCUUUGUGUCGGAAACGAGAUUCUUGUUAGUAAAGACAAUAACUUGAUAUCAAAUCUUGUUCCAGCGAUGAAAAGUCUUAAUGAAGCUUUGAAAGCUUCCGGUCUCGAGUAUAUUAAGGUGACAACUCCACAUGCAUAUACCAUAACCUUUAACCGUGAUGCACCAAGCAAGAGCAGAUUUAAUGAAGAUCAAAAAGAUCUUUUUACAAAGAUCUUGGAGUUUCAUCGUCAAGCUAAGUCCCCAUUCAUGUUCAACGCCUACACUUUUUUCACGAUGGACCAGAACAACGUCAAUUACGCAAUAUUUGGUACAUCAAAUGCAGUAACGGAUAGCAAUACACAACACACGUACAACAACUUGUUUGACGCAAUGAUGGAUGCAAUGUAUUCUGCUAUGAAUGCUGUUGGCUUUGGCGACGUAGAUAUGGCUAUAGGGGAGACCGGUUGGCCUACCGCUUGUGACGCUGCAUGGUGUUCACCUGAAAACGCUGCACAGUACAACCUCAAUAUCAUCAAGCGUGCAAAUGUCAUAGGGACACCGCUUAUGCCCAACCGCCACGUCGAUAUCUUCAUAUUCGCAUUGUUCAACGAAGAUGGGAAACCCGGUCCAACCAGUGAGAGAAAUUGGGGGCUAUUCAAACCGGAUUUCUCUCCGGUUUACGAUGUUGGAGUCCUAAAAGACGGCGUUAAAAUCCCACCGAGCACCAACGGAAAAUGGUGUGUGGCGAAACAAGACGCGACGGACACAAAACUACAAGCGAAUAUUGACUGGGUGUGUAGCCAAGGUAUAGAUUGUAAACCAAUCUCACCUGGUGGCGUAUGUUUCGACAACAACAACAUGAAGAGUCGAUCCUCUUACAUCAUGAACGCUUAUUACCAAAGCAAGGGGGGCCCUGAUGAUGCUUGUAACUUUAGUGGUACCGGUAUGUUCACUACUAACAACCCAAGCACUAGCACAUGUAACAUACCAAGCGGCGGUGGCUCACAAAGCAGCGGUGGGAAAUGGUGUAUGGCUAAACAAGAAGCUACAGAGAAACAACUACAAGCUAAUAUUGAUUGGGUGUGUAGCCAAGGUAUAGACUGUAAGCCAAUCUCACCUGGUGGCAUGUGUUUUGAUAACAACAACAUGAAGACUCGAUCUACGUUCGUAAUGAACGCUUACUACCAGAGCCAAGGAUGCACCGAGAACGCUUGUGAUUUCAAGGGUAGUGGCAUGGUCACUACUACCAACCCGAUCACUACUAGCACAUGCGCACUAACAACAGUAACGCUCUGA